UAGUACUUCGGAAAAGGGUCGACGCUUGGCCAGGACCAAGCUGUCGCAAUCUUGAGCUCUGGCCUCUAGCUUUCCUUCCCCAGAGAGAUACAUCUGACGCGUAAAACGUGCACAACAUGGCGAAAGAAGGAAGCCAGGCUGGUGAUUCGCAAAUGGAUACACAGGAGGCCUGGAAUGAGAAGGGCCAGACGAUUACUGUGUCGGAGGGCAAUGGAGCCCUUUACAAUCUUACACUUAGGGCAAAGAUUGAUUCAAAACCAACUGACAUAUAUAGAAUUCUUAUCGACCCAAACACGGUGUCGAUAUUUCGAUCAAUCAAGGAAUGCACGUACCGGCGGGUCCUGGAGGAUGACGGGAAGGGGCGCCGCAAGCUGGAGGUGGGCCAUAGGGCCCUCACGCGCUUCCUCUUCAUCAGCGUCACCUUUGAGACCCACUUACAUGUGUGGGAGGACGACAAUGAGCGAACGAUCAAGUUUCAAAUGGCCCGUCCGAGCAUGAUGCAAAAGUUUGAUGGGUGCUGGCGCAUCAAGCCCUUCACCCAAGAAACGCUGGACAGCAUCUACCAUCCAGAACGGCUGCAGCGUGGGGACCACCAUCACAAACAGCAACACCACUUUCACGGCUUCGGGCCUUUCAACGCCGCCGGGCUCCUAGGCUUUCUGCACCACCACCAACAUCACUACCACCCUGCUGUUUCUGCCGCUUUUGCUUACGACUGUUGUUCAGCAGGAGCCCCGGAGCCGACUGAGUCGCUGGUGACUUUGGAGCAGAGCAUCCUCCCUCGCGGCCCGGUGCCCCCGGGUGUCAAGGGGCUGGUGCGAGGGCUGUGUGCCCACCAAAUCCGGUGCAUGAUGGACGACCUGCGGGCGGAGCUGCAGCGGCGGAAAGAAGGAACGUCCACGACGACGACGUGCGGGACGAUAGGACCGGAAACGCAACUGGCCCCAGCAGCAGCGGGGGCGGAAUUUCCGAAGAAGGGCAAGGCCGUGGUGACGUCUGCGGCAUCGCUGACCCUUGCACCCCUGUCUCUGUGGUCGAGGGCAGCACCCAUAAAUAUUACCAUCCACCUGUUAGAGGCUUAUAUGGUAUGUCUGUGAAUGAUACGCGUGGUGGAUUUAAAACGGGCUCUCAGUUGUUUGUCUACACCACUGCCGAUUGCGGUCCUGGAAUCCCGGUGUUGAGCUGGAAAGGAGGGGCUGCGAAAUUGAAAAUGGAAGGGGAGAUGCAAGGAGGACGUAGCCGCCUGCCGCCGCCCUGGCGGUCGCAAGUGGCGGUGGCGGGAUGGGUUAGCGGUGGAGAUGAUGUAAUGAUUAGUGUGUAUGGUCAGAGGGAAAACCCUAAGUUUACGACGGCUACGAAAACCGCCGUAAUGAGGCAGACGGAUGGUGAUGAUGCGUGCGGUAAUGCCAUUAUACGGUCUCGUUGUGGAGGACCGACGUAAUUGCGAACUUGCAAAUCACGAGCGCUUGUCUUCAGCGGGUAUAGAAGAUGACAAUGUCAUGAUGCGCGUGUGAAUGGCUCAGUAUCUGGAAUAGCUUUUCCUUUGCUUUUUGUAAGCGGUGAAGU